CAAUUACCUUCCGUGUCUGGGUCAAGUCUAGGGUUUUGGAGCAGAGGGUUUAUCUCACAAAUCCGCAGCGCAGAGUCUACUGAUAUUCUUCGAUUCGCAAUGGGGAAGAAGAAGUUCUUCGACAAGAAGAAAUCCGCAACUUUCCAAUUACUUGCGCGUGACUCAUCCGAUCCCAAUUACGAUGGAACUGCCGCCACCGACCGUGUUUUUGUUCGUGUCGACAACCACUCUUAUACUCUCCCUGUCUUCGACGAUGGUCCUGUCGAUGCUUCCGGUUCUGCCUCCUUUGAGGAAAACCCUAACUCGAUCUUUGCCGAUGCUCCUGACGAUUACGACGAUGAAGAGAACGGAGGUUUUGGAGCUUCCGGGCGGUCUCGGGGGGAACUUGGUGGACCUGCGUCGUUACCGGAAAAUGUUAGAAGGGAAAUUCUCGAGCUGGGUUUUCCUGACGAUGGUUACAAUUAUUUGCUGCAUCUUCGGGAUAUUAAGAAUACUGGUGGUGGUUCGGCGUUUUAUAAUAACCCCAAGGCCAAGCUGAAUCAGCUUCCACGCGAUGAGAAGGCGUAUGAUGCCUCCGGAGUGAUUGUUUCUCAAGGAACCAGUGAUGCCGAUGAGAACAUCAUGUACAAAGUAGCGUCCAAGACUGUUGGAGUCAAGGUUCAAAAUGCUAUUGACCCAGAAAUAGCUGCACUGCUUGAUGACGAUGAUUUAUCACGAUUUGGUUCUGAUGUUGAGGACUUGGAGGAGGAUUUCGUAGUUCAGGCAAAUUUAUGUGAAGAAGGGGAGGAUGGUUCGACGGAUAAUAAGUUUAGUGUGGCUGAGGAUUCUGAUAGAGCGACAGGAAGCCAGAAUAUUGUUAAUAACAAAUCUUUUGGCGACGAUAUUUUUGAGGAUGCAGACGUUGACCAUGUGGAAGAUGAUGUUGAUAAGCCACGAACUCGUCGGCUUUUGGAUGAUCAAUUUGACACCCUCUUAAGCCGGGACUAUGCAUCUGGUGACGACGGUGGCAGUGAUUGUGAUGAGCAUGAUGGUUGGGUAGCUGAAGAAGAUGAGUCCUUUGCUCAGAAGCUCAAGCAUGCCCUUGGUGAUCAUAGUAAGGAUGACUUGGACCUUGACCAAGGAUAUAAAGCUCCUGCGGAUAUAUUGAGUGGCAAAGAAGGAUCAGCAGAUCAAGAGCUUUUGCAGUCUGCCAGUGAUGUAAUUCACCGAUGUAUGGAGUACGCUGAGAAAUAUCAAAAUGAAGAUGAUGACAUUGAAGAUGAAUACAUAUUUGAGGAGAGCAGUGAUGAAUCAGAAGUUUGGGACUGUGAAACUAUUGUUUCUACAUGUUCUAAUCUCAAUAACCAUCCUGGAAAGAUUGUAGCUCCUGAAAUAACCAGAAGGAAGAAGUUGGCAGAAACUGUCUCUGGAGCCCUUAAUUCUAAAAAUUCUAUGAUAACUCUCAAGGGGAAAGAGAAGCUACCAGUGGACUUUCUACCUCAUGGUCGAAAAGUUGUUGACAAAGUGAAAGAUAAUGGCAGCUUGAAAACUGAACAACAGAAGAGAAAGCUGCACGGUCAGGAGUCCAAGGAAGAGAAGAAGGAGAGGAAGGCUGCUGUCAAGGAAGCACGACGUGAAGCACGGCGCACAAAAAAAGAAUUGAAGGAACUUUACAAGGGGGAAACUCAUCGUGCUCAGAAAGUAGUUGCUGUUUCUGGUCCAGCAUCUAUUCAUCUUAUGUGAGGGAGAGCUUCUUGAUGCUACAUAAUUGGACAUUUUUUCAUUGUGACAAAGAUCGAAGUACUGGGGAGAAGUUCCUGAAACAAUUCUUAUAAGGAACGAAGUAGAGACCAUGAUCUAUAUGCUUGGAGAAGGGAGAGAAGACAAGAAAUGGGACAAUCUGUUCAAUGAUUCCUUGGUGUCCACCACGGACCAAUUCUUUAUAUGUUUAGUUUAAAGAGAGCUUCUGCAACUCACCUUGAAAUGUUCCAAUCAAAGCAUAUUUAUUUAAAACUAAAGUCGGUUGCUUCAACUUGUACUUUCGCAAGGACCAUAAAUAGUCGAGUUUACGAGUGGCAAGAUAAUCGUGUAUUUUUGUUUACUCCUAUGGCAAUUUAAGUUUAAAGUGAUGACAAUUCUUCUUGAAUGAAUCUAUUCAGUGUUCUUU